GUUUCUAUAGUAAAAAAAAUCUGAUUAUAACCUUCCGUUUUUUCCAUCUCCUGUGCAACGCCAGUUAAAGAAAUUGGAGAAUUUCUUUCAGUUUUAGCCUUCAUUUGAACGACGUGGUUUCAUCGAUUGGCAAAGGUUCUUUUCCGCUGCUCAGCACUGUUCUACAGGUCGGCAUACCUUCAUUUAUGCGGUUUUUAGACAACGUUGAUGUUGAUGAUGGUUAAGAACUACUUGAACUUAUGGAAAUGGAAAGACGCGUAAGAUGGAAAUUUAACGUUUUGCUUACAUAUGAUAGGUUUUGUGUGGACUGGUACACAAGUGGUGAGAGAGAUGUCAACAAAGAUCUUUGAUCCCGUAAACAUCUAGAAAAUGGGCGGGUCAGCGAAUUAUCUGUGCAUAAAAUGUGAUGGAGGGGGGAAGAUGUUAGUCUGUAGUGAUAGUAGCUGUCCUAUAGUUGUACAUGAGAAGUGUAUGGGUUGCCGGCCUUACUUCGAUCGUGAAGGAAACUUUUACUGCCCAUACUGUUUAUGCAGACAAACAACUGCAGAAUCGUGUAAAGCAAUUGAGCUUGUUUUGCUUAAAAAGCGAGCCCUGUCCGCUUUCCUGAAUAAGGAAAUGGUUAACAGUGAGAAACUACUCCCCCAACCGUCUCAUGUCAGUAAAUUUAACCAUAUAGACGAUAAUCCUAAUGCUUCAGUGGCUGGACAACAAACAGUUUCUGACAUGAUUGUUGCUGAUGGAUGUGAAUCUAGUGACAGACAAGAGCCUAUACGGAAAGUUAGGAUUGUAGAAGUUAGCGAUAGGAUGGAUGCAGAACAUGAUGUUGAUGGCCAACCACUUCAUGAUAGAGAUGUUGAAGAUCCUCAAAAAGAUGGCCAACCAAAUGAGAUACCUGAACGAGAAAGAAAAAUGACCGGAAACUGUAAACAAAUUUCUGUGCAAAAUGAUCAGAGGAAUGAGGGUUGUCAAGAAAAUGGGCAACCAAAGAAGAUUCCUGGAGGUGAGAGGAAAAUAAAGAGAAAAUUCCAGCUCAGGCUAGCACAAAAUGAACAGGUUACUGGCCAACAACUAUAUAAAGAUGCUGAAGAGGGCUGCCUGAUUGAGAUAUCUGAAAGAGAAAAGGUAAUUCGGAGAAAGUUUAAACAAAGGACUGAUGAAAAUGAACCAGAAGUUGAUGACCAACAACCAGAUAAGGAUGUUGAAGAUCGUUUGGGAGAAAUAUUAGAAAGCAGAGAGAACCUCAAAAAGAAAUCCAUGGAAGUGCAAGCCGAGAGGAAAGAAAAUGAAGCUGAUGGUGGGGGAGAAUCUGAUACCAUUUCAACAGAAAGAGAACCCAUUAUAAUGAACAAUGAAACUCAGGAUGAGCCUUCAAAUCCUUAUCCUAAAAAGAGGUCAAGUUUGUCAGCUAAUACAUCUAGGAAAGUUUCAGGUCUAACUGAGACAAGUCCCCCUGAGAAGUGCCAACUGGCUGGAGAGCAUUCAAAGGGGCGGAAUUAUGCAUUUUGGAAUGGGAAACGUAAGAAGGUAAGGUGGAGUGAGGAAGAAGAAGAAAUGCUAAAGGAAGGCGUUCACAAAUUCUCAAUAACAGCUAAUAAGAAUAUACCAUGGAGGAAAAUCUUAGACUUUGGUCGUCACGUGUUUGAUGGGACCCGUACGCCGGCUGAUCUCAAGGACAAAUGGAGAACUUUGUGGGCUAAUAAGGUGUAGUAGAAGUUUUAAGGUUUCUUUGUAGCAGUUUAAAUACCCGGAAGUGAUUUUAGUUCUCUUCUGGUGGAAUGAAAAGAAUGAAAAAGACCGAUAAAACCCUUACAUCUUGCUUAGGGUGCAGGGGUUUGAUUACUGCAUUGGUGUCCUUGUACUUUACAUUCCUAAAUUCCUUUCCAUGUGAUCUGUAUUUUAGACUUUUAGUUCCGUUCUUUUGUUUUUAUCCAUAAAUUGUAGGAAGUAUGCUGCUAAUUUAUUAUUUGUUGGGGGGUAAAAGAUAUAUGUAGUAAUAGAUAAAGAUUA